UAACAUUUUUUGCAUAAAGGCCCUUGUACAAAGUCUAUUUUAAAAAUCAAAGAAAAUUACAGUUUGAGGGGUAUAGGAACGUUCGGAAUGGGUUGCCCCCCGGCCCUGGGUUGCCCCAGCCCCGGGGCUUGGUGGGCUUACCCCAGGGCCGGCCCUGCUUCUAACUCAAAUUCGUCGUCUCUUCCGCCGUCGACGCCGCCGACUCCUGUCGGCAACUUGGACCGGUUUAUUGAGUCCACAACGCCCGUGGUUCCGGUUCAGUACCGUCGGAAGACGAGCGUGAGGAGGUGGAGGAGCUCGGAUAAUGGGGAAUCUUGUCCAUACUUCGAUCUCAAAGAUCUUUGGGAGUCAUUUAAGGAGUGGAGUGCGUAUGGAGCUGGAGUGCCUUUGAUUUUGAAUGGCAAUGAUGUCGCAAUUGUGCAGUAUUAUGUGCCUUAUUUAUCUGGGAUUCAACUAUAUAUAUGUGCAUCCUUCAAGACAUGCCUUAAGAUCGAGAGGCUAGAAUAAGGAAAUGGCUGCAAGAAACUCCCGAAGCAUCAAGUAACGACGAGCCUAUAGUCUUUGAUUCAUCAAUAAUACCCUGGUGGGCAUGGAUCAAAAGAUAUCAUUUUCCUGAAGCUGAACUACUAAAUGGUCGGCUUCUGCAUCUCAUCUUAUGUUGAUUCUUAUUGCAUAUGAUGUGUAAAAAUAAGAAAUGUGAGAAUAGGGGGAAAAAGACUAUUAUUUCAUUUAAUGGUUAAUUGCACAGGUUGGAUCAAUACUAUGAUAAUGGUCUCUUUUGUUUUAGUUUUGAUCGCAGCCUGGUCUCAGCCUUGGUCACAGCCUUGGUUUGGUUUGCGAAUUGGAUGGCUUUUGUAUUGGUCUUGGUUGUGUUGAUAUUUGUGCUUGAUAUUUGUGUUGGAUAUUCAUUGUUUGGUUUCAGUUGUGUUGGUUAUGAUCUUGGUUUCAGCCAGUGUUUGGUUAUA